GAGAUGAGUUAGGGGGGUUAGUUUGGGAAAGAGUCAAGUUCUUGGCUUCUCUUUGGGCAUCAGUUAUCAAAGAUUGGCGGGACUUUGUAGUUGAUAACCUACUAAGCAUAUGCUCCUGGUUUAGCUUACUGUUGCCAGCCUGCAGCCAGUGUGUACUUCAAAGAUGGAAUUCAUAAAGGGUGGCCAUACAGAUAAUCCUCACUUUACCCUCUAGAAUUGGCUGCUUGCCACAAGAACACAAUCAAAUUUUUUAUUCCGAGGGGAUUGUUUUACUUACUUACUAAAAGAGCGAUUUUGGGGUGGAUUAUCCAUAGGAAGGGAGAGAUUGGAAACGGUGUGAAUCAUAGAAUUAAAACAGGGUGGGCUAAAUGAAGAGUUCAUUUUCUGGCAUGUUUGCUUUACAAUACAAACUGUAGGGCAAUUAGGAAACAUGAUGUUCAAAAACUAAGUGUUGCAGAAAUAAUGAUGUUAAGAUAGCUGUGGUAAAACAAGAAAAGAUAAAACUAAGUAAAACGGUAGAAGUGACAUCAAUAAGAGACAAAUUAAGAGAUUUGACUUGGAUUGUAUGGAUAUGUUUAUAGAAAGAAGACUUAAUAAUACACCAAUGAGGAAGAGUGAUUUAAAACAUCUCAAUUAUAUUGCAAGAGGUAGAGGUAGACUGAAAGUAACUUCGAACGAAAUCGUAAAAAAAAAAUAUAGCUCAUUGGUCCUUGAUAGAGUAUAAUGGGGAAAUACCCCAAAUAAUUGGGUAUAAUAGCUUUGUUGAGCUUAGUUGAGUUCUACAAAUAAUGCAUGAAUAUGUACGUAGAGGAUCUAAAGUGCGCUAUCAGGUUCGGGAUCAUGCUAGGAAGCUUUUGGAGAAACAUAUAAAGAAACCUUUCUUUGAUGUGAGAUAUGGAGAAUCUGUCGAACGGAUGAGUGUUGAGGAUUUAGAGCGAGGAAAGCAGUGGUUAAGUGAUACUUUCUAUCUCAUACGGGUUGCAAAUUUUGUAAGCAAUGGGUUAUGGAACAGGUGUGAGAAUGAUAGCCUUCCAAGUAUAAAAUGGGUUCUUGGGCUUGCAAAGGCUGCAGUCUUAAGACAUGGGGUGCAUGGAAUAGUGAUUGAUCCAUACAACGAGCUCGAUCAUCAGCGUCCAGUAAGCCAGUGA